AUGGUGCUGCAGCCUCGGUGCAAGGGAGGUCGAGGCAGCAGCACCCUGAGCAGUGAGACGGGCCCCGAGUGCUACGAGGUGCAGGUGUGCGUCAAGGACUACUGCUUCGCCCGGGAGGACCGCACGGUGGGCAUCGCUGUGCUACAGCUCAAGGACAUCAUGCAUCGGGGCAGCUGCGCCUGCUGGCUGCCCCUGGGCCGGCGCAUCCACAUGGAUGACACGGGCCUCACCGUCCUCCGCAUCCUCUCGCAGCGCAACAACGAUGAGGUGGCCAAGGAGUUCGUGAAGCUCAAGUCAGACACGCGCUCGGCCGAGGAAGGCAGCAGUUAAGGGCCUGAGCAGGUGUAGAACAUCCCUAGCACCACCCCCUUCCUGCCCCUUUUCUACAGCAUCCUCCAGCCACGUAAAAGCCAUACAGGUCAUCCACAGCCCCCCACACCUGGUAGGGAAGGAAGCCCCCCCCUCCGAGAAGCCCUUGCCACAAGCAGGUGCCUGCUUCCCAGUGCCAAGGAUCAAAGCAGGUGCUCUGUGCCCCUCCCUGCAUCCCUGGGCUGCAGCUCAAGGGCACUGCCCCAGCUGCGAUGGAGCAGGGAAGAUGCAGCCCCCAGGGAGUGCAAGCUGCCUCACUGCUGGCAGGGGAGGCCUUAGCGCCUCUUCCCGAACCUGUUUCUGUCAUGACAGGUGCUGGGAGAGGCAGAAGCCAAGGCCUGAUGCUGAUUGUGAGGCAGGAGCAUUUGAACAAACGUGAGCCACCUAGUAUGGCCACAAAGUUGGCACAGGGGGAAGCAAGGCUAGAUCCCAGCCCAUCCAGCCCCCCCUCCACUCGUCCCUGAGCUCCAGGAGAAUCACCCAAGCUGGUAGCAGUAUACGGGAUAUGCCACAUUGUUGAGUAGGUUGAUUCCUUCCAGCAGGAGGCAGCAUCACAUGUCCAAACUGCCCUGUGCUCAUGGCAACCUCAUUCGGCAAUAGAGAUAAGCCAGGCAGCAAUGGGCACAGGGAGGUUGAGACAGGGCCUUGGGUUCUCCUCCAGGGCUCCCUUCAAGGAGCGUGGCUGCUAAGGAUACACCUGGGCCAGCGUCAGCCUGCUCUUGCUGGUGGCUCUUGGAGUCCGCUGCCUCUCACGCCAUAGCUUGCCACAAGCUAAGUCAGCAAUAGCCAAGCCUGUGGCAUAGGCCCCAGGGCCUUGCACUCCUUAGCAGGUGGCUCAGAGCAGCUUAGUCUGAGGCCAGGCAGCAGGGCUGGGGCCACUUUUGUCCACGCAGGCCAGCAGUAGGAGAGUGCUAGCAGAAAAGCAG